CCUUCAUCUCUUAUCUCCUUCAUCCCCUCCAAUCCUCAUCUGUUCUUCACCGUGGAGGAAGGCUCACACUUUUUCACUAGUAAAGCCACUAGCAGUCAGCCGGUGGGAGAGCAUCAGAGGAGCCAGCGAGCAGGUUGUGCACCCUGUGGAGCUGUGGAAGCUGAAACGGCUCAAAGGGGGAACGCAGGUGUCUGCGAUCGGGAGCUGCACAGGUGCAGAAAAAGAGAAAAGUGUCGUUUGGUUUUUCAUCAGUAACAUCAAUAAACAGCACUCGCCAUGGCAGCUGAGAAGGCUGAAAUGGAUGCACUGAAAAAGGAGUGCGAUGGCCUCCGUGCACAGAUUGAGGCGGCCCGCAAAGCUGUGAAUGACGGCAGCAUGUCUGCAGCAGCGUCAGGGGUGGCCUCAGUGGGUCGAGUUCAGCUGAAGCUCAGGAAGACACUCAAGGGUCACCUGGCUAAAAUCUAUGCCAUGCACUGGUCAGCUGACUCCAGGCAGAUGGUCAGUGCAUCACAGGACGGAAAGCUGCUCAUCUGGGACUGUUUCACAGGGAACAAGUUGAUUGCUGUUCCACUGAAGUCUGCUUGGGUGAUGAGUGUCGCCUUCGCCCCUUCUGGUAACCUGGUGGCCAGCGGUGGUCUGGACAACAUCUGCACAGUUUACAACAUCAAGGCGGCCAGCCCCAAAACCCUCAGAGAGCUAGACGCACACACAGGUUACCUGUCUUGCUGCCGUUUCCUUAGCGAUACUGAGAUCCUGACAGCCUCCGGUGACACCACCUGCUGUCUGUGGGACCUGGAGACCGGCAAGCAGAAGGUCAUCUUCACCAACCACAUUGGAGACUGCAUGUCGCUGGCUCUCUCCCCCGACAUGAACACCUUCAUCUCUGGAGCCUGUGACUCUCUGGCCAAGCUGUGGGAUCUGAGGGAAGGCGCCUGCAAGCAGACUUUCUCCGGACACACCAGCGACAUUAAUGCCAUUUCUUUCUUCCCAAAUGGUAAUGCCAUCAUCACAGGCUCCGAUGACUGCCAAUGCAAGAUGUACGACCUGCGCGCCGACCAGGAGGUGAUUUGCUACCAGGACGCCAGCCUGAACGCCGGUGUCACAUCUCUGGCUCUCUCCAGCUCAGGCCGCCUUAUCUUUGCAGGUUACGAUGACUUCAACUGCCACAUCUGGGACUCACUGAAGGGAGAGAAAGUCGGCGUGCUGUCCGGUCAUGACAACAGGGUGAGCUGCACCGGCGUCCCUGGUGACGGUAUGGGCGUCUGCACAGGAUCCUGGGACAGCUUCCUCAAACUGUGGAACUGAGGCGUCCCUGCAGAGAAUAACACCAGGAGACAAAGAAGAAACGGAGCAGGACGAGAGGAAAGGAAAAUAGUGGCAGAGAAGUGAGGCUGGAGAUUUGGUGCAGAUAUUUGACCUUCCUCUCUUUCUUUUUCCCGCUCUGCUUCUUCCUCAUACAUGUAUGCAAAUUUUAAAAGGUUGCGAAUGAGUCAUAUUGUGCAAAUGGCAUCAGUUAAACAAUGCAUGAUGCAUCCCACUGCAUGUACAAGAAAGCUUUAUUGUUGAUUUAUUUACUGAAAAAAGUCAAUCUUAAAAAAAAUAGAUUAUUAAUCAAAACGGAGCGGAAAAUAAGCUCUUAUUGAAAAUGAUAAAAAUCUCUAGAUUUUCUGACAAUAACGGAAUAAAGAACAGUAAAUAAUGAAAAUAUGAAGAUAGAGCUACAGAUUUAUUUUUAUUGUCUUCGAGGUCUUUGACCUUCUAAAAGAGCACUGCAAUCAUCUAGAAAAAAAAAGACUGACAUGUAUAUUUAUUUAUAUUUUAUAGAUUAACACAUUAGAAAAGUCUAUGUACAGAGUCUCUUUGUUGUAUCUGAUCUGUUUGCUUUUUUGGCUGCACAUAUUCUGAGUGUGUAUUUGUAUGGUAGAGCUGCUUUCUCGGGUCCCAUAUUACCACCAGCUGACUCUGAUCCAAGUUGGCUGCUUUCCCCACUUCACAGGUAAAAAUUACACUGAUGGACCCGUGGAUGAUGGUUUGAAGGUGGAACCCGGCUGUGAGAGUGGCUGUAAAACACUCCUGUAAGCUUGCUUUACUCCUCUGGCUUCAGCUGCAUUUUGUUGUACUUUUAAACUUGAGCAGUUCCUCUGUACAAAACAAAUACAAGAUUUUUGUUGGAAAUCUUUCUAAUAAACAUAGAAUUCUGCAUUAA